AUGAAUACCUCCGUGACAUGUGUCGCUGGGUCUCUUGUUAUAGAAAUCGCAUCGGUUUUGAACCAGAUAAAACACAACAAAAUCAAAAAAUCUAUCUAUGGAUUGUCUUACGACUAUCUCGCAUUGACCUGGACGUCUGACUUGAUGGCCGUGAUGUCGUCUAUCAACUACAAUAAUAACAAGCACGUUAAACGACAGUACGGACGCAGGUUUCCUAUAUAUCCCGAUGUUCCUGUUGACUCGGUGCUAGUAUCGUUAGAGAUGAUUUCAUUUCUAGUAAGCACAGCCUUGCUUUUCCAAACUUUUUGCAUUUACCAUCGUACCCGAAACGUAAACCAAUGUAUAAGUGGGUUGAACAUGUUCUUCUUGGGAGCAUUGAUCGUGGGGCUUAUCUACGUGAUCAAGGCAUAUUCCUACCAUGAAUCCACCGUAGUGUUGCUAGACGUAAUCGACUACAUGUGGUUGAUCAGCAGAACCACUGCAAUAGUCAAAUACAUGCCGCAACUCGUGAUGAACUGGUUCGGCUCAUGUGUCGUAGGCUUGCACCCAUACUGGCUAGUAAUGCAAGUGACAGGAUGGGGUCUUCUCGUUGCAGGCAAAGUAUCAGCGAGAUGGUACUACCAUUGGGCAGAAGUCCCUCUAAACUUCAACACCUGGUUGUAUAUAAUAGUCUCCGCCUUCUGUUUGGCCCUCUAUACAGCCCAAGAAAGGAUCUGGUAUAAGGGUAACCGACCCCGAUUGGAACUC